AUGGCUUCUCUUUCCUUGGCUUUCUGCUUUGACGCCCCUCAAAGGCUAGAAAAGAGGGUUGAGCUUGAGGCAGCAGCCAUGUCCCAAAAAACGAUCUUAGGUUGGUCUAGUCGGACUUGUUGCCUGCAAAAAGUGCUAUUACUGCAAUUAUGUGCAGUUGCGGUAGUAACCUUCCGUCCAGAACGCUGCUCUAAUGACACCGACGUCAUGGAUCAUCUUUUAACUGAGGCUGCACUCCGCCACAAUCGCCAUAAGUUACCGUCUAGACCAGUUAUUGUACGAAUCGAGAUGUGGAUUCAAGAAGUAACUUAUGUUUCCGAGUUAACUCAGGAUUUUGAAAUUGAUUUAUAUGUGAACGAAUUUUGGGAGGAUCCAGCACUCAACUACGAAGUGCUUCUCCCAUGUAAUGGCAAUUUAAGCUUUGAUCACAGCAUCCAUGAAAGUAUUUGGAUUCCUAACACCUGUUUUAUUAAUUCGAAAAAAGCACUUAUCCACAGCUCGCCAUUCCGCAAUGUUUUUCUUAUGGUCUUUCCAAAUGGCUCGAUAUGGUCGUGCUGGCGUAUCAAGAGCACGGGUCCAUGUCUUAUGGAUCUGCGUAAUUUUCCAAUGGAUUCUAUAUCAUGUAUGCUAACAUUUGAAUCUUAUAAUUACAACAUUCAGGAAGUGCGAAUGAAGUGGAACGAACCUCAUGCUGUAUUAAUGUUUAAGGAUAUCGAAUUACCAGAUUUCACUUUGGUCAACUACACAAUCUCUGUCAUCGAAGCUGAAUAUGCAGCGGGCUUGUGGGACGAACUUACUGUUUCUUUCACGUUCAAAAGGAGGUAUGGAUGGUACAUUUUACAAGGAUAUAUCCCAACGUAUUUAACGAUAUUUAUCUCAUGGAUACCAUUUUAUAUGAGUCCGCGAGCAAUGCCAGCUCGAACUAUGAUUGGUGUCAAUUCUCUCCUUGCAAUGACAUUCCAAUUUGGAAAUAUUAUACGGAAUCUACCACGAGUAUCUUAUAUUAAGGCAAUUGACAUAUGGGUCCUGAGUGGGAUGACUUUCAUAUUCGCGUCGUUAAUCGAACUUGCGAUGGUCGGUUUUAUGAGUCGGCAUGAAGGACAAGCAGAUACUAAACUGAAUCAUAUGCAGAAAGAGAGAAAAUCAUCUAUUCUGGAUAGUGAAAAACUGGAUUUAUAUUCAAGGACGAGUUUCCCUCUGGUAUAUGCAACGUUUAACAUGAUAUAUUGGGGUUAUUAUAUGAAUGGACUACUUCUACAAUAAAUAUAUCCCAAAUGAUUUUCAAAUGAAACGCC